GUAUUACAAUAUAUAGUUAUACUAGUUAUACCAGUAUUACAGCACAGAAACAUAAAUAGUAUGUUAUAUGAAGUUUUACCAGUAGUAUCUAAUAGAAAAAACACAUUACAAAUUUUGUCAAUUACAAAGUUUAAAACACACAUAGAUAGCAUCUCUAACCCAUAACUAAGUUCCACAACACAUAAGCAAGUUCUAAAACACAUAAGUAAGACUCAUUCAUCUUCCCUCGUUGCCGCUUUCUUCGUAAUUGGUUUCUUCGUAGUCGCUGUCAUCGUUCUCGCUAUCAUCUUUGUCGCUGUUGUGACCAAGCCACUCUGAAAUAACUCGUUGUACCAGGUAUACUUGUUUUUAUGUUACACUCGAUAUAACAGUUAUACUAGUAAUACCACAGUACUAGUUGACCUAUUGUAUAAGUUACUAAUAGUUGUACCAGUUUGACAGUUCAUAUGUUUCUUAUGAAAAAUCACGGUAUUACUAGUUGUACCAGACUUAUUACUUCAGCUAUUCUUAAGAGUUAUAGUAGUUAUACUAUUAGUACAACUGAAACCACUAGGUGUACCAGUAGGGAAAUCGGCCAAAUUCAUACAACACAGGGCCGCGGUCCCGAUUAGUACAUACACAUGAACAUGUGCUAAAACAUACAUCAACAUAUAAUAUAUUUAAAUUUCAUACACGAACAAAGAUAUUUAGGUUUAUCUAUACAGUGUACGUGUCUCCGUAAGCCAAAUGGUAAUGAAUGCUUAUGUGGAUUUAAUGGGUGCUUGCAUGUCUUUAACAUUAUAAUUAAUUAAUAAAAAACUAAAAACAUUUUAAAUCUUUAGAUGGGGGCGUCAAACAAGGGUUCAGACCAUAUCUCACCAUAUCCUCAACCACUGUGUCAAACCAGAUUAUUAUUUAAUGUGUCUUAUAUAUAUGAAAUAUGUUUUAUCUAGAUAUUUCCAUCUUCCUACUAUUUUGUCAUCAUCCAAACAAAACAAGAAAAACAUAAUCCCUACAUCAUCUUAAAUAUGUUCUUAUUCCUUGUUAUGAGUUUUAAUUAUAUAGAAUCAGCUCUGCAAAAUAUAUAAAUUAUAAGUAAUUGUGUUUAUUUAACGUAAUUGUUUUAUUGUGUUUUAAAAAAAUCAAAAAGCAUUUUCUAAAUUUAAAAAAAAAUAUGAAAAAAUAAAAUUUGAAAAAAAAAUCGAAUAUUAUUAUAAAAAGUUUGAAUUGGAAACAUAUAAUUUAAAAAACAUUUUUAAUUAUUUUUUCAAAUUUCGAAAUUUUUUCAAAUUUUUGUUUUUCAUAUUUUAUUUUUAAAUUUCGAAAAUGCCUUUUGAUUUUUAAAUUUUUUUUUUGAAUUUUUUUUAUUUCUUUAAAACAAAAUAACAAUAAUUAAGUUAAUUAAACAAAUUUACUUAGAACUUAUAUAUUUUGUUGAACUAAUUCUAGAUAACUAAGAACUCAUAACAAGAAAUAUGAACAUAUUUAGAUGAUGUAGAGAUUCUGUUUUUCUUAUUUUGUUUGGAUGAUGACAAAAUACCUACAAGGAUGACGGAACUAAGACCGAUAAGUCUAUGUAACGUUGGAUACAAGAUUAUUUCAAAGGUGUUGUGUCAAAGACUGAAAAGUUGCCUUCCCCGGCUAAUCUCGGAAACACAAUCGAUUUUUGUGGCAGGAAGGUUAAUAUCGGAUAAUAUUCUUAUUGCGCAGGAAAUGUUUCAUGGUUUGCGUACUAAAUAAGUCAUGUCAAAAUAAGUUUAUGACAAUUAAAACGGAUAUGAGUAAGGCAUAUGAUCGGAUAGAGUGGAAUUUUAUUGAGGCUCUCCUUCACAAAAUGGGUUUUGAUCCUUAUUGGAUCAAAUUAAUGCGAGGGUGUAUAUCUUCAGUUCAAUAUAGAAUACUUCUCAAUGGGCAGCCACGUGGUCUUAUAACCCCUCAGCGGGGAUUACUUCAAGGGGAUCCCUUAUCCCUUUACUUAUUUAUUAUGUGUACUGAGGCAUUAAUUUCAAUUAACUGGUAUAAAGGUAGCCAGAGCAUGUCCAACAAUUUCUCAUCUGCUUUUUGCAGAUGAUAAUCUGUUCUUUUGGAAGGCAAACAAAUAAGAGUGUCAAACUAUUCUUAGGAUACUAAAGGAUUAUGAGGCUGUCUCAGGUCAACAAAUUAAUUUUCAGAAGUCCUCAAUUCAAUUUGGACAUAAGAUUGAUGAAUCCAGCCGUCAAGAGUUGAGAGAUAUUUUGGAAAUUCAGAACCUAGAGGGAGUGAGUUCUUAUUUAGGCUUACUAGAAAGUUUAGGAGGAUCUAAGGUCCAGGUGUUUAGUUUUGUACAAGAUUGUCUGAAUAAUAGGGUGAAUGGUUGGACCUUUAGAUUUUUUAAUAAGGGGGGAAAAGAGGUGAUUAUUAAAUCGGUGGUCACGACACUACCGAACCAUGUAAUAUCUGUGUAUCGGUUACCGAAAGCCACGGUAAAGAAACUAAUGAGUGCAGUAGCUCAGUUUUGGUGGAGUCCCUGAGGAAAUACAAGAGGCAUGCAUUGGAAAUCAUGAGAUAAAGUAUGUGUACCCAAGGACAAUGGUGGGCUAUGUUUCAAGGAUUUGACUGAUUUUAAUACGGCGAUGCUGGGAAAGCAAUUGUGGCGACUGAUCGAGAAGCCAAAUGCUCGUUUCUCUCGAGUUUUCAAAGGAUGGUACUACAGGAAUGUUUCACCCCUGGAACCGAUCCGCUCAUAUUCCCCUCAUAUGGCUAGAGGAGUAUUAUCUCUGUUAGAUCUCUGGUUUGUAAUGAAUAAUUAAAAGGGUUGGAGCUGGGUCAUCUAUUUCAGUUUGGAAUGACCCAUGGAUCCCAUCCACUCGCCCGAGACCAGCUAACAAAAACCUUCAUAACAGUUACCCGGACCUCACAGUGGAUUCUCUUAUUAAUCAAGACUUCCGAACAUGGAAUUUACAGGCAAUUAGGACUUUGGUGGAACCCCAUGAUGCAAAAAUGAUUGAAAGUAUUCCUUUGAGUAGGAAUCAGAUGGAAGAUAGGAAUGGAUGACAUUUCACUAAUAAUGGAAAAUACACGGUUCAAUCAGGGUAUCAAAUAGAAAGGAUAUAUCUUGACAAGGGAAAACCACCAGAAUCUUAUGGACCAAAUGUGGAUAUACUUAAAGCAUUCUGCUGGAAAGUGAAGUGUCCUCCGAAGUUAAAACAUUUCUUAUGGCAGCUGCUGACAGGUUGUAUAGCAGUCAGAAAAAAUCUAAGAGCGAGAGGCAUACAAGGAGAUACAUGUUGUGCACAGUGUGGAGAACCGGAAGAAUCAAUAAAUCAUGUGUUUGCACGGCAAGUGUGGGCACAAUCUAAGAUCCCAUCGAACCCAAACUUUUUUUCUAUUAGCUCGCUUUUUGCUAAUAUGGACCUUUUUUUUUGGAGAGUUACCCCAAAAAUGGAGGAUCAUCAGUUUGCAUGGAUAUUAUUGUACAUUUGGAAGGCCCGUAAUAAUAAAGUUUUCAGUAACCUUGAUGAUGAUCCGAGAGAAAUACUUAACUUAGCAGAAUUGGAAUCAACACUUUGGACUGAGGCACAUGUAAUAAAUUCUCCCAGGUUGGUACAUGAGGCACGGAACAUACCAAAUUCAAGGACUACAUGAAGAUGGUGUGACACAGACGGUUCUUGGAAUGAUAAAGAUUUAUUUUCAGGGCAAGGCUGGUUCAGCACGCUACCGGGGUUUGACGGUUUGUUAGGGACCAGGAAUGUAAGGGCAUGUCUCUCACCUCUUCAUGCGGAGAUGGAGACACUCAUUUGGGCGAUGGAAAGCAUGAAAAAUCUAAGACAGUUUAGGGUUACGUUUGCUAUGGAUUGUUCUCAAUUAGUGAAGAUGGUUUCAGAACCAGAAGAAUGGCCCGCCUUUGAAAGUUACCUGGAAGAUAUUAAGCUCUUGAGAAGAAGUUUCAUCAACUCAUAUAUUGUUCAUGUUUUCCGGACGGAAAAAAAGGCGGAUCGCUUGGCACGCAGUGCUCGGACACAACCGUCUUUCGUCGUACACAUGGAUGCAGAGUUGCCACCUUGGUUAACAGAGUCUACAUCAGUCUGUAAAUGUUUGCUGUAAAAAAAACAUAUUAGAUAUAAAUAAUGCACAAUAGAUAUUUCAACCAAUAAUCUGGUUUGGCACACUGGUUGAGCAUAUGGUGAGAUAUGAGCUGGACCCAGGUUUGACACCUUCCAUCUAUGGAUUUUAAUGAUAUUUUUUAUUAAUUAAUUAAAAUAUAAAAGCCACGUAAUCAUCCGUUAAAUCCACAUAAGCAUUCGUUACCAUUUGACUAACAGAGACACGAUCAAUGUGUGGAUAAACCUAAAUAUUUUUGUUUUGAAAUUUAAAUAUAUUGUAUGUUUUAGCACAUGAUCUGUGUGUAUGUACUGAUCGGGACCACAGUUCUCUGUUGAUGAAUGAAUUGGCCGAUUUCUCGUGUACCAGUUAAACUUGUUGUUUACAUGAUUUCUGCUACAAGUUGUACCAGUUAUACCAUCUAUUAUAAACAACUUUCUUUCCACAAUUUCAUGACUCAAAAUAUAUUUACAUUCUAUUUAACUUCAAAUUACUCUUAUUACCUUCAUGUCUCUGGUUCAAACAUGAUUCAACCGAAUCUAAUUUGUGAGAUUGCUAGAAAAGUGUGAUAAAUAAAUAAAUAUUUAUUUAAUUCUCUCAAGAAUCUGUAGAAAUUUUUGACAAAUUUAAGCAUAAAUUUUUAUUUAAUGCAGACAAGAGAAAUGGUCGGCUGAGAUUGGUAGACAUGCCUUUCUAAGGGUCUUCAAGGGGUCUUGUAAUGUCCUUACAAUGGUCUUCCAAGGGUUGAAAAUAUUUAUUUAUUUAUUUAUUUAUUUUGUUAAAAAUCCUUUGAAAAUUUUGGAUAGUUCUCGAUAUAUUUAAUAAAAAUAAUUAUUUAUUUAAUUCUAUGAUAAAUCUGUAAUGAAUUUCUAAAAGAUUAUUCAUUAAAUUAUUUAAAGGACAUAUUUAUUUAUUUAUUUCUGAAAUCUGUCGAGAUUUUUUUACAGAUUCCAGACAAAUAUAUUAGAAAUAUAUAUUUAUUUGGUUUUGACGGAAAUAUUUAAGAAAUUUCUGAUAGAUUCCAAUGGAUUUAUUAAAAAUGGUAAUCUAUUUACUGAUGUUAUUAAAUCUGUUUGGAACUUUAGAUGGAACUAUAUCUAUUGGUAACUUUCAAUAAAAGUGAGAAUUCUUAGGUCCUUUUCAGUAUACAUUUUUUAUAGCUUUUAAUUUUUAUUUUAGGAGUGUUAAUUUUGGGUUAGAGUUUAUAAAUCAUAGUCUUUUUUUGUAACAGAAUAAUUCAUAGUCUUGAUCUAUAUAUAUUAUUUCUUGUGGUGUAGUUAAUUGUGAUUGAAUGUUUGGUUAUUGAUCCAAGUUUGCCUACACUUUUACAAAACUGAAUAAAGAAUAAUAUAUUAAAUCCUAUUGGAUACUAUAGCUGAUUCGGUCAAUUACUGGUUUCCACGCUACCACCCACAAACAAAGCUUUUGUGACUGGUAGUUGUUGUUGGCAAUUUACAAUAAUCACACAAAACUCUAUAAAUCGCUUCAAACAACUCUUAACCUCUAAAUUUCAAAAGCUGUUCAAGCUAACAUUUAUGGUUGCGGGAGGACAAUUUUUUUAAAAAAACUAUAUAAAAAUAAAAAUAUUCCAUUAUAAUUUUAAAUUGAAAAAAUAGAAGUAUAUAUUUGAUUUAUAUUAUAAAAGUUUAAAACAAAAAUAUUUAUAUAAUUUUUUUAAAUUUAAAAAUAUAAUUUAAAUAUAGAAAUUUUAUAUUUGUUAUAAUAAUAUGAUUUUUAACAUUUUUAUAAUUAUAUUAAAAUAUGAAUAUUGUUAAUUUAUUAUUUAACCAUUGCUGCAUUUGAUAGUUAACAAGUCAUAAUUAUUUUGCAAACGCAACAAUUUUUAACCAUUGUACCAGACGCACAGAUCGUUUAAUAACGUUUAAAACUGCAACCAUCCACAUUCACAAACGCCCGUAACUACGUCUGCAACCGCUAGGGUUACACCAGUUAGGCCCCAGUAAAAUCCACACUAGCAAGGAAUCGGAGAAAGUAUACAGAAAAUAAAUUAAUUUAACAUAUUUUUAUUUUCCCACUUCUGUAGUAAACCAUAUGAGUACAUUAAUAGCAUGUGUAUAUGCCCGAAAUGAAGUAACAUAUUUCAAGGAAUUAUCUAUAUGAUCAAUUGGAUCUUGUCUACUUUUAAUUAAAAGAUGGGAGAGAAACUAGGUAAAAGACAAUCCUGGAAAAGUGAAUUAAGCUAAGGGCAAUAAGACACAAUUAAAUUAUAAGAGAUAUUGAGUUGUUACUUUCUUCUUUUUUUAUGUUAUAUGUGGAUUGAUAUUAAACACCAAAAGUAUAAAGAUGUUCUAUACACAAUCAUCUCAUCUAAGUUAAGUAUAUAAACCUGAAGACCUAGUAGCAGUCCAAAAUAGAAUUGUCAUGAUCAAUCAAAUGGUAGUGACUUUUGUGCUCGGCAUUCUAAUCAUACCAGCAAUUGUCAUCAAUGGAGAGUUUUCAGAUACUCAUGAUGCUAAAAUAGAUCUACUUUUAAAGAAACUCAACAAACCUGCUGUUAAAUCCAUCAAGAGUCCAUACGGAGGUAUAAUAGAUUGUGUCCAUAUGAAGAAUCAUCCUAUUUAUGAUCAUCCUUUAUUUAAAAACCACACUAUUCAGAUGAAACCAAGUGGUGACCACGAUAAAUGGAACAAUGAUACUUUAAAUAUAGACGACGAGAGUAUAGUUACUCAACUCUGGACAAUCAAUGGAAAAUGUCCCCAAAAUACUAUUCCAAUCAGAAGAACGACAAGAGAAGAUAUUUUACGAGCGGAAUCAAUAGAAAGCUACGGCAAAAAAUAUCCCAACAACAUUCCUUUAAGAAAACCAGCCAAUUCGACUAAUGAAAUCCAUGAGUAUGCCACCCUCCGCGUAAAUGGAAUUUUUCGUGGAGCUGAAGCAGUUAUAAAUGUGUGGAAGCCUUAUGUGCAAAUGCCAAGAGAAUUUAGCCUAGCACAAAUGUGGCUUGUGGCGGGUCCUCCUUCUAACCUUAACACCAUUGAAUUUGGUUGGCAGGUCUAUCCAGGACGUUAUGGUGAUGACAACGCUAGAUUCUUUGUUUACUGGACUGCAGAUGGGUACCGUUCAGGCUGCUACAAUCUUGAUUGUCCAGGCUUUGUUCCUGUCAAUCAAGCAUAUGUCUUAGGAGAACCUAUUGGUCAUGUUUCUACCUUAGGUGGUCAGCAAUAUGAGAUUCCGACAACUAUAUGGAAGGAUCCCCGGACAGGGAACUGGUGGUUGAAACUUAAUCACCAUGUAUUUAUCGGAUAUUGGCCUUCCAUAUUGUUCAAUCAUCUACGAAAUGGGGCAACCGAAAUUACAUGGGGAGGCGAAAUAACAAAUUAUAGAGUUAAUUUACAACAUACAAUGACAAACAUGGGAAGUGGGGGUUUCGCAUCGGAAGGAUAUGAAAGAGCUAGUUAUUUUAGAAAACUUAAGAUAUAUGAUGAAUGUAAUACAUGGAAACCAAUUCAUGAUCAUAUUCCUGAAUAUUUCAUUACCCAAGAGAGUUGUUACAAUAUAAGAUAUGCCUAUGAAACUGACUGGGGGGAUUAUUUCUUUUAUGGUGGUCCUGGUCGAAAUCUGUAUUGUACAUGAUUACAUAUUAACAUGUUGUAGAUGCAACUAUGCCAUUAUCGAGUCA